CAAGAUCUUCGAGACCCAAGUGUUUGUGCGAGCGAUUGUUGAAUAGGGGCGCUGUAAAGCCAAUCCAGCCCUCAAUAAUCUCCACUACAAUCUUCUUGCUCACUCCGUGAUCGUUGCUAUCAUAAUCUGUCUACCUGAUCUGUUGAUCGACGCUAUCUGACCAAAAUGACCCUCCUCGCUACGUAUCCUUCGGAUUCCUCAGUCCAACGGCAGACUUCUCCUGCUACUGCUGCGUCAACUGUAAAAGCUACUGCUAUGCCCCGCUUCAAUCUCCGCAAGCGAUCUGCUACUUUCGGUGAGCGCGAAGUCACUCAUCUUGCUACUGUGAAUUCGGCUUUUUUAACUGGGAUCUUUGCAGACGUAGCAAACGCUCAUACAGAAUCAACCGAAAACUCGACUUAUCCGCUCGCUAUUCAUCACCUGGAUGAUCCUCAACCCGUCAAAAAGGCGCGUAAGACUAUGAACAAGACAAUGAGCCGCUGCGGACGCUCAUACAAGACUCUUACUCAAGCGUUAGAAAUUGUCUCGCCCCCCAGUCCUACCGGAAUCUGCGACGCCCCCAACGGCACUUACUUCGAGCAAGAGUCAGUGCAGAGAAACGAUUCUCUCCACUAUCAACUCAACUGCGUUUCGAGGUGUAUGAACGACAACUCAUCGGUCAAGACGGUUCUCAAUGCCGGAGAACUGAUUUUCCCCUAUCUGCCGGCCACCAUCAGCAACUCCUCAUGCUCUUCCUCCCUAACUCGGAAAAUAUCUGACCUGCAGUCGUCAGUUUCCGAGAAUGUACAAAAGGAAAGCUAUGGAUGGUUCGUGGAAAUGGACAAGGAUGGUGAUCAAGAUUGUUUUCAAACUGUUGACUCUUACGCAUCGACAGCAAGCUUGGCUUUUUUGGCUCCGACUGCCCCAAAAGCCUUAAACCACGAUGCAGAAGUUGAAUGGGCUAAGGCUGCUGACACUGUCGACGAUGUGCUUGGAGACUUUUUUUGAUUGUAUUAUAUACAUUGCAUUACAAUCGUACAUUCUGACCGGUUUCAACAAGCUCGCGUCUUUUCAUUACCUUCUGCUCUCCUAUCUCCCCCCCCCCGCCCCUCUACGCUAUUUCAUGCUACGACACUAUUCUUCAAGUACCUAUAAACACUUCGCGCUACAUCUACGAACGAGGACUACACCAACGAAGCUUGCUUAGAUCGGAAGUCUAAGCUGUCCCGUUCUCCUACAAUUUCACAAUUCGUCACGCCCGCCCCGAAAAGGCUCUAAGAUGCCCCCGCAUCACUCCCCUCGCUUUGAGUGAUCGAUUGUUGAAACGCACCCUUCACAUGAACAGGAUUAGUAAACUAAGUAUAAGAGGUCCCUGUAAG